AAGCCGGACACUCUUCCGCCACUGAAGCCCCUUCUCUCUUUCUGUCCCAUGUGCCCCCGCCCACGCUGUCAGAAACACCCGCCAAGCGCCCGCUACUUUUGAAGUGCAAAAAGGACGUCUCUUGCGGCCCGAGCAUCUUUCCUUUCUUGGAUAACGAAGUUUACUUUGAGCGCUGCCCGCGCUAAACUGACAACCAGUUGUUAAACUCCCCUUGCUCUUUUGGUGUUGCCUCUUUCUAAUCUGUUUGUGCGUCGAGACCUUCAGAGUUGGAUAAAAUGAUGUCCUCAUCCGCUCUUCGAUGUGUACCUUUGGGGCGCUUGUUGUCUGUCUUGCUGUUACUUUUUAUCUGUAAGCCCAAUCUAAUGAAUGAAUUUCAUCUUCCAACCUCUUAAUUCAAGUUUCCUUUCCUAAUGAAGGUGAUGACUCAGCGUUUGUGUUCCUUUCUGGAUAGUGUGGCACUCCUUUCUUCCUCCCGCAUCCUUUUUUUUUUUUUAAUUCUGAGUAAUUUCUAAUUAAAUGUUUAAUUUGGACACCUUCCGUUUUCCCAGCCUUUCGAGGCUCAGCACUCCUACCUUAAGUAGGAGUUAGAUCGCUGCUUUGUUUCUCUUGCCUCUCCCUGCUAUUGAUAUGAUCAUAGUUCACUUGGCUCUGCUGUCUGGUGGGGAAGUUAUUUUGUGGAGAAUAGAUGAAGAUGAAUACUCAGGAAGUUUGAUUAGUUUCCAUUUCUUCAGUUCUACCAAAGAAAGUAAGCUCAGUGAAGAAGAUAAAUCUAUGUUGAAUAUUGAUGUUGGGGGUUUUUUUGUAGCCAUGUACUUAUUCUUUUCUAUUUUUCUAACAUCUCACUAAAGUAUCUGUCAUUCUGUUUUGAAAAUUUGACGCCAAUUUAAGCACAUCGAGUGCUUGAAUGAAAAGCCUGCUUAGGAGAACUUUUAUGUUUAUGUUUUGUGCUGUCUUCCAUUACUAUCUUCUCCACCCAAAAAGGAGAGAACUGGGACAAACCAGAAAUUUGUCCAUUAACAUCUAUCUUUUGAAGCCAAGUCUUAGUAUUUAGUUAGCGAUGUGUACUUUGAUAGUAACAUCUGGGAAAACAAUGUAGAGCCUAACUGGCAUGUAUUUAACAGCUGAAAGUUACAUUGUAUCAAAAAAUCUGAAAUGUCAUUGCAUUAUAAUAGCUACUGAAUAAUUGGUAAAUUCUCUUGGCGUUUUUCUCAUUAGCUUCAACUAUGUAUCUUUUCCUUAGAAAGAGGAACCCCUGGUAUUGUCAUGCUUAACAAUAUGCUAUUUUAGCACCUUUUAUUCAAGCAACUAUCUUCGCAUCUGCCUUGUCAUCUCUUUCAGGCCUUCUCCAGCAGACUAAUAAGCUAACUUUGUCACUAAUUUCCCACCUGUAGCUUCUCUAUAGUCUCCUGUCCCUUCUCUGAAACACAUUUAAAUUGUCUAUGUUUACAGUUGUCUAAAAAUGUGACAUGUAUACAUAUGAGUAAAUAAACAUCUUAAGUUUUGUUGUACCUGUAUGUCAGUACAUGUUGAUUCUUCUGUCUUCCUUUUUCCUUCUCCCACUCUUCUCCAUGGUAAGACAUUUGUAGACAAGGACUGCUACAUCCUCCUAGGUCUUAACCCUGCAGCACUUAGUUCCCUGCCUGGAACAUAAGAGGUACUCAGUAAAUCUUUUACAAUGAUUAUAUUUCUUUCAUUAAGUUAAUAUUAAGUCCUUUUUUUUUUUAAGUCUUAAUUGAUUUAAAAUUAUAGACAGACAUUACUAUCACACAUAGUGCAAUCUGUUGAUUUUUAUUUUUAAACCCUCAAAUGUAAAAUUUUGAGAUAUAAACAAAUGUUUCACAAUUGAGGAUUUUUGUCAGAGCUUAAUGAAAAUAAUGCAUAGUGGGUUUUUUAAGUGUAUGUUUUACAUAUUUGUCCUCAAAGGAGUCUUAGAUACAAGUAACAUGAAAAUUUGAGUGUGAUUUUAGAGGUUGAUGUCUAGUAGGGUUUUUUUGUUAUGGAGAGCCUUCUUGUAUUUUGCAUUGUGAUCUAUAGAUUAGGUUUUCAAGUGACUAGUAUGUUUUUAAAAAAUGUACUCUUAACAAAACUUAUCUUAAAUUGUUUCCUUAAAAUGCCUGUGUGUUACUAGUGAGGUUUUUUUCCUGCAGACACACACAAGCUAAGACAUAUGGUUCUAUCUUCAGAAAACAAUAUGGUGUUUAUAGCCUAGCUAUGUAGGUAACCUCUCCAGAGAUGUCACAGAAGUCCUUAUACUUCAGUUAUUUAGUCAGAUUGGACCCUGUAAAAGCUGUAAAAUGAUAACAGAGCAACCCGAUAGCAGAAGGGUCAACUCUUCUGUUGGAUUUUCUGUUUUGCAGCAUACAAGCAAUGACCCAUAUUGCUUUGUGGAAUUUUAUGAACACAGGGAUGCAGCUGCUGCAUUAGCUGCUAUGAAUGGGAGAAAAAUUUUGGGAAAGGAGGUCAAAGUAAACUGGGCAACAACACCAAGUAGCCAGAAAAAAGAUACUUCCAAUCACUUCCAUGUAUUUGUUGGGGAUUUGAGUCCAGAAAUUACUACAGAAGAUAUCAAAUCAGCAUUUGCCCCCUUUGGUAAAAUAUCGGAUGCCCGGGUAGUUAAAGACAUGGCAACUGGAAAAUCCAAAGGCUAUGGUUUUGUAUCUUUUUAUAACAAACUGGAUGCAGAAAACGCAAUUGUGCAUAUGGGAGGUCAGUGGUUGGGUGGUCGUCAAAUCAGAACCAAUUGGGCCACACGUAAACCACCUGCACCAAAAAGUACACAAGAAAACAACACUAAACAGUUGAGAUUUGAAGAUGUAGUAAACCAGUCAAGUCCAAAAAAUUGUACUGUCUACUGUGGAGGAAUUGCUUCUGGGUUAACAGAUCAACUUAUGAGACAGACAUUCUCACCAUUUGGACAAAUUAUGGAAAUAAGAGUUUUUCCAGAGAAGGGCUAUUCAUUUGUCAGAUUUUCCACCCACGAAAGUGCAGCCCAUGCCAUAGUUUCAGUGAAUGGUACUACGAUUGAAGGACAUGUUGUUAAAUGCUAUUGGGGUAAAGAAUCUCCUGAUAUGACUAAAAAUUUCCAACAGGUUGACUAUAGCCAGUGGGGCCAGUGGAACCAAGUUUAUGGAAACCCACAACAGUAUGGACAGUAUAUGGCAAACGGGUGGCAAGUACCGCCUUAUGGAGUAUACGGACAACCAUGGAAUCAGCAAGGAUUCGGAGUAGAUCAAUCACCUUCUGCUGCUUGGAUGGGUGGAUUUGGUGCUCAGCCUCCCCAGGGACAAGCUCCUCCCCCCGUAAUACCUCCUCCUAACCAAGCUGGAUAUGGUAUGGCAAGUUACCAAACACAGUGAGCUGGGACUCUAAGCAAAAUUGUAAUUCAUGAUAGGCUUCAGUUUCCUAUGACACUCUGAAGACAUGAAAGUAGACAUCGGAAAAUGAAAAUAUUUAUUUUAAAAUUGAAAUGUUUGGAACCUUUAGCACAGCUUUGCUUUGGUGAAGGACACAUGUCUUCUAGUUCUGCCUUUUUAAGUUUUUGUUCAUGAUGGAUAUGAACAUGAUUUUUCUUUGUGUACAAAAACUAAAAUAAAGUCAAUAAAGAACUCUGACUGCAAAUUUUGAUAUAAUAGAAGUGGGUGAUACCUUUUGAAUCUUAGACACGAUUCCAUUUUUAUCUUGCUGUUCAGUAUUUUAACUCACUGUGUUUUUAAAAGAGCAAAAAGGGAGGAUUGUGAAAAACUGGGAAGCACAUAUAAGUUCAUCCUGAUACUCCCUCCCCUCGCCCCAAGGUGGACCACAUUCGAAGUCAGCAGAAAAAAGUGUGACAUUCAGAAGAAAUUCAUGAUUUUGGAGUCCCUUUGGAGGAAAUAUUUACUUUCUCUAUGCCUAAAGAAACUGAAGCCAGACUGAUAAAGAAAAUUUGCAACCUAAAUAAGGAACAGCAUUUUCUGAGUUACUUGGGCGAAUGUUGGUGGUCUGCAUCCAGACGUAUUUUUAAAAUGUCAAAAAGUGUUGAUUAUUAAAACUAUAGUAAAUUACAUUUCAUUUUGGGAGGGGGAGGGAAUUCCAAGUAUGGUGUUUGUAUUAAAGUCAGACAGUCAUACUUGUGCUUUUACAUGAAGUUUGAAUGGUAUACAUUGUAAAUAUUGAAUAUCUACAGUGUUUAAAAAGCAUGCUUCAACAUAGAAGUAGCAACGAUGUAAUUAUCGGAAGUAACACUUAACAUACUCCACUGCUUUGAAGGCAGUGGAUUGGUAAGAAUGUUCAAGACUGACAUUUCCAAGGUUGGCUACUAUGUACAAUUAAAAUUACACAAAUUAUUAUACAGAAAAAGCCUUAACUUUAAUUUCAUACAAAUCUUUAAUGCAUUAGUAUAUUUUAAAAAGUCAUUGGAAAUUAGAUUUUUUUUUCUUUUUCUUUUUUUGCUUUACAUUAUUUGGUAUGUAAAUACCUUGAUUCAAAACCUUGUAAACCUAUUUCAAGGUUCCUAUAAGUUGUAUAGUAUAAGUGUUUUUUAAAAAUCUUGGGGUGUUUUUUAAAAUUAGAUAUAUUUUGCCCAAUAAUUUUUUUAACAAAUUGCUAAAACAUCUUAUUUAGACAGUUCAUUGUACAAAUUUAUAAUUGGAUAUUCAGUUUAAAUAGGACACAGAGCUGUGACUUUUUAAUUCUUUUCUCUAAAUGGGUAGUGUAAAUGAAAUGACAAGCCUGAGCAGAGGCUGAGCAGUUUGUAUGCAGAGUUUGUAAAUGAAUUGAUCAGGAACAUGUAUAAGAUAGAGGGUUACUUCUGAGGUAAUUUUCAGGCCAUGUGGAUAAAAACUGCCUCAAAUUUCUAUCAGAACAGGAAUGUAAAAUAGAUAAAGCCUCAUGUAUAUGAACUGUGACAGCUAGGGGGUGCAAAUGCUUCAGCAGCGUUUUUGAAAUGUUUGAGGCCUGAGCACCAAAAUAAGAAAAUAACCCUUUAUGGUUCAGUAGUAAGAUGCAACUUGCACCUACAAAUUACUAUUUUUUAAACGUUUGAAGUCUUGCAGACAGUUAGCUUUAAAAUAAUGAUGGUUUUGUAAAUUGGUGACCACAGUAAUUUUGGUAUUACUUUACUUCGUCUUCCUCUUACAAAUAUAGCCACAUGUAUUCAUCGUAAAAAUUUACAGGGUCUGAAGUUCUUCAUCUUUGGGCUACAUUUUUAUGGCACUUUUUUUAGUUUUAACUAUGUUAGUCAUCUAUUACCCUCAUAAAAUUUAUCCUGGUAUCUUUUGUUUCUGGUUAAUGUCUUUGGAGGAUGUCUUUGAAGAAGUUAACUUUAUAUUUUAUAAGGAGAGCAUUCAAGAAAUUAUAGCAAUUAUGCCUCCUAGUUAAAAAUUCCAUGAAGAUGGAUGAAACUUGAAUAACUAAAGACUUUUUUUCUUAUAUUGAUAAAGCGUAUUAAAUUCUCAGUUUGUUGUUUUCAGUCUGCCAGUAAAUUAAGUAGCUUCUUGAGAUAACUGACGGCUAAAUAUAGCUGCAGUAUUUCCCGGUUUCAUAUUCUGUGAUUUAUUCAGUCUCUAGGUGUAUUGCCAUAGUAAGCAUAUGACUGAAGUUCCCCUUGGUCUAAUCUGAGAGAGAACAGGAUUUCAUGAUCAGUUCAGUUAGUGGAAGUUAUUUCAUAUUAAAUGAUUUUUAAAAUAUAGAUCUACUUAUCCAAAUUAAAUACACUAUUUCAAAAUACAACUGCCAAGAUAACACAGACUCAGACUAUUUUUUAACCCAAAGCAAAGUCAGUGCCAUCUUGAUCCAAUUUAAGCCUAAGAAUCAUUGCCUUUUCUGUGUUUAUUAAAAACAGCAGCAGAGAUUCUUUGGCAUGCAAGAAAAGGUUUUUCGUUUCAUAAUUAUUUUGAGAUUUAUUUUGGUGAUGUGUUUCUGACUACCAUCUUCUUUGCUCUAAUAAUCUCUUUACUAGUAUUUCCCCCAUGCCAUUCCCACUUGAUUUUUAUGCCUGCUGGCAGUGAGGCUAAAGUGACUGGCCAACUUAAGCCAAAGCUGUAAACCACAGUUGAAGUAAGUCUUUCAAUAAAGACUAGAUUAUAUGAUAAGUGGCUUUUUCUUAUUGUCGUUUAUUGCAUAAUUAUUCCUCUUAGGCGGCCAUGAAACAAUUUGGUAUGUGGAGUAUAUUCAUGACUUACUUUCUUAGGUUCUGUGUAAGGUAAAAGUUCAUUAGCUUUGUUAAAUUAAAAUUUUAAUCUCUGGAUAUAAGGAGUAGACAUUCAUAUCCUUCCAAAAAUGUGUGCUUUGUUCUUGAAUAUUAAUAUAGUAAAACCUUAUUAAUUUGGAGUCCACAAAUAUGAGAACUAUCAUUUUACUCUGCCUAGGAGCCAUGGUGGCGCAGUGGUUAAGAGCUCAGCUACUAACCAAAAGGUCGGCAGUUCGAAUCAUCAGCCACUCCUUGGAAACUGUGGGGCAGUUC